GUGAGGCGCUUCGUGGGCGGAAGAUGACGCCAAACAGAACUUUGCUUGGACGUUCGGGGGAAUUAAGGGUCAAAUUUAUGGCGCGAUUUUUCAUGAUAUGGUUCUUCUUACAAUUCAGUGCCGAUGCCCAGGUUACAUUCACAUCUCUACCAGACAGUACAAGUAAAGCGGAGAACAUAGGCGUGGGAUCUGUUGUGUACACAGUGGCGCCAUCCGGCGGAACGGUACCUUAUACGUGUUCUAUAGUCCAACAAGAUCCAGACAAUGCCACAAGGCGGUUUGACUUCAACAGCCUGGAUGUAAAGACCACAGUGGCUCUAGAUUAUGAAACCACGACACAGUUUGUUCUUGUCAUAGAAUGUGCGGAUACAGCAGCGGUAACAGGGACCAGCUCAUUGACUGUUAAUGUACAAGAUGUGAAUGACGAAAAUCCUGUGAUAAGCGGUACACUGAGCGUGACUAUUGACGAAGAGCAGGCUGUUGGAACACCAGUCUCUGGAUUGUUCAAUGUCUCCGAUGCGGACGCCGGUGAUGUUUUGACAUAUGCCCUGUCAGGUAGUGACACAAGUUACUUCCAGAUAGACUCAUCCUCGGGGACCGUUAGCUUGAAGACCAAGUUGGACAGAGAUGAAGCUGGAGCAAGACUUGUUUUCAAUCAGUUAACUCUGGCCGUGACAGACUCUGCAGGGAAUUCAGCUGCAGCCAGCUUGGUCGUUACACUUGAUGACAUCAAUGAUAACACGCCCACGUUUUCACCUAGUGUCUACUACGUAACAGUGUUGGAAAACACGGCAUCGGGUGUGAGUCUUGUGACAGUGACUUGUACAGACCCUGACCUCUCUCCUGGUAACGGAGACAUUACCUAUGCCAUUGCCUCUGGUGAUGAUGUCACACCCAAGUUCACCUUAUCAGGAUAUGACCUGCAAACAACGGGUAACCCCAUAGACUACGAAGCUUUGUCUGCUCAGAACUACCAGUACGAAAUUAUCAUAACUGGUACUGACGGAGGGACGGUCCCUAAGAUCGGAACUGCAACAGUAUCAUCGGAGAAUGAUGCCAGCCCGGCGUGGGACACCUUCUCUCCAGUUUACGUCUCCGGUAAGCCGUACACUGUCCAGGAGGACGUCACUGUAGGCUCGCCUAUCGUGACGAUCUCCGCCACAGACGCUGACGACGGGUCUGAUGGAACUCUGACCUACUCCAUAGACUCCAUUGUUGAUGAGAAUGGCGCUGCCCAGUCAGGAAGUUUCAGGAUAAACUCUGUAUCUGGCGUGGUGAUGACGAAUUCUCUACUGGAACGCGAUCCACCGUCAGGAAUUACCAACUACACGAUCUUAGUCCGCGCCACGGACAAUGGAGUCCCCGCAAAAAGUGUGGACAGGUUCAUUGUGAUCACGCUUCUGGACGCCAACGACAACACGCCAGCGUUUCCUCAAACGCUGUAUGACGUUGCCCUAAAUGAGGACGAACCGAUAUCCACUUCCGUACUAGCACUGACGGCAACAGACAACGACGAGACGGUCACUUUUACCUAUUCUAUUUUCAGCGGGAACUCAGGCUCAAAGUUCCAAAUCGUCAGUGACGAACUCCAGGUACAGGCGGCUGUGGACGUGGAUUCACCAAACAAUGACCCCUCAUUUUAUACAUUGGUUAUCCAGGUUGUAGAUGGAGGCAGUCCUCAGCUGACGGGCUCCACUACAGUCCUAGUUUCCAUUACCCCUACAAAUGACUAUGAUCCAGUCUUUGUGGCACCAAACACGGUCACGAUUCCGGAGAGCAGCAGCCUGGGAGCUGUUGUUACCACCAUCACAGCCACAGACGAUGACUACGGCACAGAUGGAACGAUUACCUAUUCCAUAUUAUCUGGAGACUCUGGAAAUAACUUUUACCUGAAUGCGGCUUCUGGGGUGAUAAAACUGGUGAAGGUGGUUAACUUUGAGGGCUUGUCAGUAAAUCCUAUCCUGCUGGCGGUGGUGGCCAUUGAUGGCGGAGGCCGUAGUGACACAAGCACGGUCACUGUGUCCAUCACUGAUGUCAACGAUAACAGUCCAUCCUGUUCUUCUACCUCUUUGUUCGUCCCCAUAGGAGAGGACUUACCCACGGGGUCAAGUGUGCAGAAUCUUUCCUGUUCCGACCCUGACACGUCCGACACGCUGUCAUACACGAUCACCUCCGGUAACACUGACGGCGCCUUCCUUGUCACGACAGCUGGGGUUGUCCAGCUGAAUAACGCUGUGGACUACGAGUCGGGGACCACCACUUAUUUCUUGGUUGUGGAAGUUUCUGAUGGUGUGAACACCGAGGAUGUACAUAUUACUGUAACGAUAGAUCCUGUCAAUGAAGACGCUCCCGCAUUUUCAUCGCCCGAGGUAAAUGUUUCCUGGGCUGAGGACACGCCUACCACUACCGCCCUAACCACAUACACGGCUUCUGAUAGCGAUGCUGGGACACAUGGCCAGAUCACGUAUGCGAUUUUAUCAGUUAGCCAGAGCGGAUCUGCCAAUUUUCAAGUUGAUACUGCUACGGGAAAAAUUGUACUGGUUAAAGAGCUAGACUACGAGGCAUUGACGACCGGAGUAAAAUAUUAUGUGUUGACUGUGACAGCAACAGACGGUGAGGGAUUGCAGGGAACUGGCACGGUGACGGUGUCCGUGACAGAUGUAAAUGACAACGCUCCGACUUGCAGUCCUGCCUUCCGAACCCUCACUAAUGCGGAAAAUACUAACGUCGGCAGUCUACCCCUGAGUUUGAUUGCCUCCCUUUCCUGUACGGACCCGGAUGAUGGAGCUCUGGGCACCCUGACGUAUACACUGACACAGUCGCCAUCUGGUACCCAUUUCGCCGUAGACUCCACAGGGGAAGUCACGCUGACAAGUGCACUUGACUACGAAAGUUCAACGUCUUAUACAUUAUCAAUCACAGCCGAGGAUGACGGAACUCCGAUACCCAAAUCAGCCAUUGUUACUGUCAUAGUUUCUGUGACAAAUCAGAAUGAUGGGGGUCCGGCCUUCAGCGGAACGUUUUCAAAAACACUACUUGAAUCUGUUUCGAUUGGUCAGUUGGUGGAUGACGUCACCGCCUCCGACCCAGACAGUUCUGCGUCACCGGAAGGAGAAUUGAUAUACUCUAUUGUCUCUGGUGAUGGCAACAACAACUUCAUCAUUGACGGCUCAUCCGGAAGAGUACAGGUCAACAAAUACCUGGAUCGAGAGACAACAGCGUCAUAUGAGUUAGUUAUCCAGGCCGUUGAACAGGUCGGUACGAAUAGCGCGUCCACAACUCUCACAGUUAGUGUAACCGACGUUAAUGACAACACUCCAUCAUGUCCAAGCGUAGCAAUCACCACCUCAUUGGCAGAAGAUGCCUCUGUGAAUGACGUCAUUCUGUCUUUCGCCUGCACGGAUGCUGACCAGGAUCCGACGUAUGCAACCGUCGCUUACACCAUCACAUCCGGGGACACCGGUAUAUUUCAGAUCUUGUCCUCUGACCUCACUCUGAAGGCACUGGUAGACUUCGACCUAGGAGCAAGAUCGUACGAUUUGACAGUCGCCGCGUCUGAUGGGACAAACACAGAAAACAUUCAAGUGACAGUGAACAUCAGUCCAGUCAACGAGGGAGCUCCGGUUUACACAAACUCAGGAACGUACUCUGUGGAUAUCGUAGAAGACACAGCUGUUGGAGGUUCUGUUACCUCUGUUUCGGCGUCUGACAGCGAUUCAGUGGACACAAGUGAUGGACAAGUUCAUUACAGCUUUGUGACGUCCUAUCCAAAUUUCCAAAUCGACACUGAUAGUGGGAUGAUCCUUCUGCAGACGUCUCUCGACCGGGAAUCUGUGGGUUCCUAUAUACUGUUGGUGAAGGCGUCUGAUGGAAGUCUAUCAGCCACGGCCACCGUGACAGUCACCGUAACGGAUGUCAACGACAAUGCCCCAAUAUUUAGCACUAAUGCGUACAGCGGUAGCGUGUCUGAGACUGAUGCUGGAGGAGCUAGUGUCAUUGUAACAGUUACAGCCAUAGAUUUGGACGACCCGUCAACCACAAACAACGGUGUUGUCACUUAUUCGAUUAUAAGUGGCAACAAUGGGGGUAUCUUUACCAUUGACUCUGGUAAUGGGGAAAUCAAAUCGACGUCAUCUAUUGAUUACGACACAUUGAGUUCACCGUCCUUCAGUCUGAUAGUGGCUGCUGUCGAUAGAAGUGGGGGAUCGGGUUCUUUGAAAACUAUGGCUGUUGUAACAAUUUUAGUCACCAGUGAGAACGACAACAGCCCAAUAUUCACCUCAGCGUCAUACAACGACACUGUGGUGGAAAGUAUUUCCCUUGGGUCCACAGUAAGCCAGGUAACGGCCCAUGAUGCGGAUUCCGGAGACGAUGGCGUCAUCUUGUACACAAUGGCAUCGCAUCCUAAGUUUUACUUGGACCAGUCUUCUGGAGCUGUGACCUUAAAAGAUACUCUAGAUUAUGAGACAGCUGCUUCUUAUGUAUUGAACAUUGUUGCGACUGAUAAGGGUAGUCCUGCUAAAAGCUCAACAACUUUACUUUACGUCACUGUGGACGACGUCAACGACAACAGCCCGGAGUGUUCACCAGCAACACAAACGGUGUUCUUCAGAGAAGAUACCAGUGUAGCCACAACCAUAGCAUCCUUAACCUGCAAUGACCUUGACGAUGGAGCGAACGGGGAUAUGACCUACAGCAUAUACUCUGUGAAUGCAGUCGUUGGAAAUGGACCAUUUUUAGCUAUGAGUGGAUCUUCUCUAAUCUUAAACUCGGCAUUUGACUACGAAACUUCCUCUUUAUACACGGUCGUUAUUCAUGUAGUAGAUGGUGGUACUUCCACUAAAUCUACCACAGCCAAAAUAGUGGUCUCCGUUUCAGACGUCAACGAACACGACCCGGCGUUCGCAGGAUUGCCUUACAGUAAAAACGUACCUGAAGAUGCGGCGAUUGGUGAUAGCUUAUUCACCGUUUCCGCAGUGGAUGCUGAUUCUGGUGACACCGUGAGCUUUACCCUCACUCCAGCUAUCUCUGCGUUCAGUUUAGAUCCUCAGUCAGGAGAGUUGAGAUUAAAUUCGCCUCUUGACAGGGAGACAACAGACACAUACAAUCUUACAAUUUUAGCCACCGAUUCGGGAAACGUUGACACUUUCAGGACGACUUCAACGUCCUUGUUGAUAUCUGUGACAGACGUAAAUGAUAAUUCGCCUGUUUUUAACCCAGCAUCGUACUCUAAUUCUCUAUCAGAAAACACAGCGUCUGGAGCAACAGUGGUAAGCUUGACGAGUACUGAUCAGGACUCGGGUGCCAAUGGGGAUAUAACAUACAGUAUUCUCAGCGGCAACGUUGGUAACGUGUUCCGGGUGGAGAAGCAUGUUCCUUCUGGAGAAUGCCGCCUAAUUGUAGACGACGUCACAAAUCUGAACUAUGACACUAUGACUUCAUUCAGUCUGGUCAUACGAGCAACAGAUGGAGGAGGGCUGACGGCUGAUGCUCCUGUGUCAUUGCAACUUACGGGAUACAACGACUUUCCACCAGUCUUCAGCCCUACAUCCAGCUCCACAGAGAGUGUGGCCGAGAAUAGUUCUGUCAAUGACGUUGUCAUAGAUUUGAACGCCACGGACGCGGACGGCGGCGUGGAUGGUACGAUCACGUAUUCCAUCUCCACGGGAGCAUCAGGUAAAUUUACCAUAGACCCAACCACCGGUGUUGUCGUUGUGAGUGGGUCUUUAGACAAGGAGACCACGGCUUCCUAUGCGAUGGAUGUGCUCGCGGUAGAUGGGGGCACGAAUCCUUCUGCCAGAACUGCAACGUACUCGCUGACGGUAGAUGUCACAGAUGUGAACGAUGUAGCUCCGGUCUGCACAAGGUCGUGGUACAGCGCUGUCAUAACAGAGAACACGGCACCUUCCGUGUCUGUGUCACAGGUGUCUUGUACUGAUGCAGAUACCGAUAGUCCCAAUAAAGAUUUGGUGUACUCUAUAGUGGGCGGCUCUGGUAGCGGUCUGUUUGUCAUUGACGCCUCCACAGGUGAAGUCUCUACUGCUAGUGGAUCGAGUUUCGAUCGGGAGACUGUUUCCAGUUAUACACUGUCUGUCCUAGUGUCAGAUAACGGCGUCUCCAGCCUAACUGAAUCUGUAAACAUAGCCAUUACUAUCUCAGAUGAGAAUGACAACGACCCUCAGUUUUGCUGUUCUCCAUACUCUGUGUCUGUAGGAGAAGAAGUUGCCAUCGAUACUUCCAUAUAUCAGAUGGUUGCUUCUGAUCAGGACACAACUUUAGCAGGCACCUUGGUUUAUUCCAUAUUUAGUGGUAACACGGGUAACAAGUUUACCAUUGACGCAACUACCGGAGAUAUAAGAAAUUCAGCCACUUUGGACAGAGAGACGACUUCUUCAUACAGCUUAACCAUUCUAGCCACCGAUUUGGGAACUCCCGCACGCACAGGCACCGCUACGCUAAUGAUUGAUCUCACAGACUUCAACGAUAACGCUCCAACUUGUUCUGCUUCCUAUUAUUAUGGGAACAUAGCCGAGAAUGCGGUCUCUUCGGAUUCCGUUGUAACAGUUAAUUGCACAGAUAAUGACGAAGGGGCAAACGCAGUUUUAGUGUCUUCAUUUCUCACUUCAUCUAUACCGUUUGCCAUUGAUGGUUCUUCGGGGCUUGUGACUGUUUCUGGCACCCUUGAUGCCGAAACCACGUCGAUUUAUGUUCUUGAUGUCAUGGUUUCAGAUGGGUCUCUUAGUGAAAAUGUCACCGUUACAGUUUACAUCAGCGACAUAAACGAACACACGCCUGACUUUGAUCCUGCAGGCCCAUAUACUGUAUUUAUCAAAGAAAACGAAAGUGUGGGUACUACGAUAGCAGAUUUGAAUGCUACAGAUGCUGACUUGUCCACGAAUGAAAAUUCACUUGCAUUUUCUAUAACCGCUGGAAACACAGAAAAUGCAUUCCAGAUAAACCCUACAUCUGGGAUAAUUAGAGUAAACAAGCAAUUAGACUAUGAGACAACGCCGGAUUAUACCUUAGAAAUCACGGUAGCAGAUGGCUCUGACACUUCUUCCCUAUCGUCAACUACAUCACUGACUGUAUCAUUGAUAGAUGUGAACGAUAACCCGCCCGUCUGUAACCCUGACACAUACCAACUUACACCCAACGAAACGGCUUCAGGAAGUCUCUUGACACUAUCGUGUACAGACGCUGAUACAGUUUCUGUUAGCUUGACGCAUAGUGUUUUGUCUGGGAACACAAAUGGUGAUCUGACGUUGGCUGCAAAUACAGGUGAAUUGUCGGUGACAUCGGCGUUAGAUUACGAAACUACCACGUCUUAUGAUCUUAGCAUUGAAGUCAGUGACGGAUCUUUAUCUUCUACCGCGUUGAUAUCGCUAACUGUGGAACCGGUCAAUGAGCACGAUCCACAGUUUUCUGCAGGCUCCUAUCAGACUUUUGUUAGCGAAGACGUUGCUCCUGGUACUUCCGUCCUGACUGUAACGGCUACUGACCAGGACGCAGGUGUUCAUGGUUCUUUGAGCUUUUCUAUUGUGUCAGGAAACUCUGACAACCACUUCGCGGUGGAGGAAACCACCGGUGUUGUAAAGGUGGCUGGGUCACUAAACAGAGAACGAACAGCGGUAUACAACCUUACGAUAAGAGCUUCGGAUCAAGGAACACCCCCUCUUAAGGCCUAUACUUCUGUUAGCAUUCAGGUUCUUCCCGUUAACGAAUUCACCCCAACAUUCACCGGCGACACAUCGGUGACCAUUCCAGAGAACACGGCAGUGGGUACGGUAAUUCUGACGGCAUCUGCAAUGGAUAAUGACACUGAAACUCAUGGGGAUGUCGUAUACUCUAUCCAAUCGGGAAAUACGCCCGGAUCUCCAUUCUUCAUUAAUUCAUUUACUGGAAACAUCCAGAUUUGGGCAUCUUUAGAUUACGACACUGCUCCACGGAGUUACACGCUUGGUAUUCUGGCUCAAGACGAAAUCGGGAACGGCAGUGGCUUGUCGUCAACGAUGACGUUCUCUGUUACGCUAACUGAUGUUAACGAUGAAACUCCUACGUUCACACAGAACUCCUAUUAUUUCACUUUUGAUGAAAACAUAGCCGGGUCGUCUUCCGUAGGAGUGGUUCUUGCACUAGACUCUGAUAGUGGUGCAAACGGACAAAUCUCCUACGACGCCAUUACAGGAGACACAUCGGUAUUUACUGUGGAUAGUACCACAGGAGAAAUCCGGACAGACCCAGCCGCCUCCAUUGAUUACGAGACAAAGACGUAUUAUUCAUUGGUCAUACGCGCUUCUGACGCCGGAUCUCCUGAGUCACUUUCCUCUCAAUGUAUCGUCUAUUUGACUGUUACAGACUUGAACGAUAACAAGCCUGUAUUUCAACCCGCAACCUUCACUGUUUCUAUGUCUGAGGACAUAGAUUUGUCCGUUUCUAUAACAUCUGUCGUUGCCACGGACAUAGAUUCUGGUUCUAAUGCAGCAUUCACGUACACCAUCUCCCCAGCAACACAUUUCAGCAUUCAUUCAACUACUGGGAUAAUUACUACGUCUGCAUCGUUUGAUCGAGAGACGACAUCAAAGUUUGAGCUGACCGUUGAGGCCACUGACCAAGGCUCACCAGCCCAAACAGGUACUAGCACGGUAACCGUGGAAAUUCUGGACAGGAAUGACAACUCUCCUGUAAUCACUGGUACUUACGACACAAGUAUCCCCGAGGACUUAGCACAGGGCUCCGUGGUUUUUACAGUCACAGCUUUCGAUGUGGACGAGGGGUCCAACGCCGAUCUGGUCUACACUAUCUCUGCCGGAAACACAAACAACGACUGGGCGAUUGAAAGUGAAAACGGCAUCAUACAAGUAGCUAAUACACUAGACAGGGAGACAACCGCGGUAUAUCACCUUGUCGUUGUUGUCACGGACAAGGGCACUUCAGCAAACAGUGUCUCUACUACAGUCUCUCUGACGAUAGCGGAUGUUAAUGAUAACACACCAGUUUUCUCGUCCUCGCCAUAUUCCUUCACUAUCGAAGAGAACGUUUCCACGGGUUCCUCGGCUGGCAGAAUCGCCGCCACAGAUGCCGAUACCGGAGCUAAUUCUGCCUUGCAGUACGAACUGGUGUACGGUCAACCAGGUGCGGAUCAUUUCACGGUGGAUCUUGCAUCCGGUGACAUCACGACUAACGCAAACCUUGACAGAGAAACCUUAGAUCAGUACGUUCUUCUGUGUAGGGUAAAGGAUAAUGGCACCCCUCAGCUUUCCAGCGAAGUCCAGGUUACUAUAAGCGUCACGGACUUAAAUGACCAAGUUCCGGAGUUUGGCUCAUCGUCUUACGUCAGCACUUUGAUGGAGAAUUCGGUGGAAGGCACAAGCGUCUUGAAUAUAUUCGCUACCGAUAAAGACACUGGAGUCAACGCUGCCAUCAGUUUCUCGUUUAACAUGUCCACUUCCGCCGGCCUUCGCGCAAGCCAGUUGCUGUCGGUUAAUUCAUCUACAGGUGUGAUAUCAACUAAAGCAGCUAUAGAUCGAGAAACUGACGACGUUCUGAACUUCCUGCUGAUUGGAACUGACGGUGGAACACUGCCACAAAGCACAUCCACUAGUAUCACCAUUUCUAUUUUAGAUGAAAAUGAUAACAAUCCGGUUUUUACAACACUUUUCCUUAACCUCGAAGUCGCAUACAAUGGGCUUUGUACUAAUCAGAUCACAACCGUAUCAGCUACGGAUGCUGACCAGGGGUCAAACGGGCUUGUCACCUAUUUCCUUGUCCAAAACACCAACAAUUAUUUGUUUGCCGUUGGUGAAAACACAGGCGAUGUGACACUAAAGGCCACGGCGGAAGUGGACACUAAGUACUUAGUAUAUAUAAUGUCCCAGGACAAUGGCGCCACCACUAGGACAUCUGUCAACAACCUAGCGCUGAGAAUCGAUACCUUUGAUCCAGCAAUCAACGCCAUUUCCUUCGUUCUGUCCACCAGCAAGACAUACUUCCACGCAGUCCAACAAAAUUUUGUGAACGACCUAGCAUUGGUGUACCAGACCGUUUAUCCCAGCGCUGUUGUGCGAGUUUGGUGUGUAGAGGAGAGAGAUGGGGUAGCGAAUGACGACACAAUCAGUGGCAGACGACGACUGCUCGCAACCGGAGACAAACCUGUGACGGUACAUACGUAUGUCCUAUCUGACAACAGCACAAAUUCCGUGGACAAUGUGGAUGUCACCAAAAGCAUUUUGAGUAGUACGAAUGCACUUAGUCUCGUCUCCGAUAGCUCCGGGUCCCCAUCCUCAGCGAUAACAGGUGCGGGUUGGUCGGCUUACGGUAUAGAACAGGUCACCUCAUAUGACGCCGAGGAGACCCCUUGGGUACAGACCACAACCGGAAUAGCUGUUAUCGUCUGCUCUGUUGUUGGUUUUCUUCUGCUCCUACUACUGACAGCUUGUAUAAUCUACUAUUGCUGUUCGAAAAGAAGAAAAAGACCAAUUACUCCCGUAAAGCCUAUGACCAGAGGAGCGGAUGAAGCAAUGGAGGAAGUGAGGAGUGAAAAGGAAGUAUUGCCAAAACACAUUCAUCCAAUGUCCAUGGUUGGGAAUGAUGAUCUCAAGAAAGGAAUAAGGCCAGCAGUUCUUUCUUUGCCCGUACCAGACAGGAUCAAGGCCAUGAAUUAUAAUAGCGACGUCUUAAGACGUGACAAACCGGUGUAUGGUACCUCAUUACUGGCGCGGGAUUUUGAUGGGAUGGCCAUUGAUCCAGCCUCUGGGAAGAUGUACGAGUACAACACAAGAACCAAAGAAAGACGAUGGAUGUCCAACCAGGACGGGAAGGCAGUGACCGCCAACAAUAUCUACGAGAACGAGGGCUCAGAGUACCUUAAUUACCACGAUGAUGUGUGA